GCGGCCCGAGUCUGGUUCCCCCAGGGCCCUGCCCGCGCAGCCCUGGCUGCUACACGAGUGCGUGACCCGCCCCGUGCGGUCCAGUGGGGGCUGCUAACCCACGUGCCGAAACUCCUUUAAAACAAAGACAUCAUGGAUAAAUACAAAAUCAUUGAAAUGAUUGGGGAAGGAGCCUUUGGCAAAGUAUUCCUAGCAAAAGGAAAGGUAGAUAACCAUCCAUCUGUUAUCAAAGAGAUCAAUUUAACAAAGAUGCCUAUGAAAGAAAAAGAAGCAUCUCAGAAAGAAGUGAUUCUUCUGGCUAAGAUGAAGCACCCAAAUAUAGUAACAUUCUACAAUUCUUUUCAAGAAAAGAAUAUGCUAUAUAUCAUGAUGGAAUAUUGUGAUGGAGGUGAUCUAAUGAGACGGAUCAAUAUGCAACAUGGAGUGCUCUUUGAUGAGGACCAGAUUCUGUCUUGGUUUGUGCAAAUUUCCUUAGGACUGAAGCAUAUUCAUGACAGGAAAGUUUUACACAGAGACAUAAAAGCACAGAAUAUUUUGCUUAGCAAUAAUGGAAUGAUAGCAAAGCUUGGGGACUUUGGCAUUGCAAGAAUGUUGAACAAUACAAUGGAGCUUGCUCGUACCUGUGUAGGGACACCCUAUUAUCUAUCACCAGAAAUCUGUGAGAACCGACCAUAUAACAAUAAAACAGAUAUUUGGUCUCUUGGCUGUGUUCUGUAUGAGCUGUGCACCUUAAAGCAUCCAUUUGAAGGCAACAGUUUACACCAGCUGGUGCUGAAGAUCUGUAGAGGACAUUUUGUCCCAGUGUCUCCCAAGUAUUCAUAUGACCUGAGGAUUUUAAUUUCCCAGUUGUUUAAAAUAUCUCCAAGAGAUCGACCAUCUAUCAAUUCCAUAUUAAAGAAGCCCUUUUUGGAGAAGCGCAUCACCAACUACUUGCCCCCUGAAGUAAUACAGGAAGAAUUCAGCCACUCUGUUAUAGACGAAAUAAGACCUUCAGCAGCACAUCCUGUAGCCAAGCUGGUGCAGGUUCCUAAAGUUCAAAAAGUGAGAGUCCAAGACCAUUGUUCUCCAAGAUCAAGGAUGUUGGAACCAGUCAAGAAACAGGAAUUAUUACAUAUUAAAGAAUGGAAACCUCCUUCAAGAGUCCACCAACCUAUUGUCCAGCAUUGGCGCUCCAGACUUAAGAUGGAAGGAAGGCCAGACGCUGCCAGAGUAUAUGGACAUUAUGGUCAUUAUUAUGAUAAACUUGAUAGCUUGCAGAAGAGACUUUAUUUACAAGAUGACCUUUCUCACUUCAAUCAAAGAGUCAAUGAGUAUUAUAAACAGAAAGGACAAGUUGCGCCUCCCCCACCAGAGUGGCCUGCAGAGUAUCUUCAAAGACGGCUUGAUGCCCAGCAGUACAAGAUGAAAGUAGAAAAGCAGUUGGGACUGCGACCAUCCUCUGCUGACCCACAUCACAACCAGAUCCAGCAGCAGGAUGUGAAGGAAGAACAGUUCAAAGACUGUCAGUGGGAUCUGGCUAGAAGGAAUGAUGAGAUGAAAGAAGAGGAAUACCUGCAACAACUACAGAAAAUUAGACAACAGUACUACAGUGAUGUAAAAGAACUAAGAUGCAAAGCAGAAGCACUGCAGGAGAAUCCAAAAAUAAGAGACAAAACCUAUCUUAUAAAAGAAGGAAAAUCUGGAGGCCAGCCUGAUCCAAAAGAUACUCCUCGAAGAAUAGAAGAACCAGUCCAGGAUAUUGAACAAAAUUUGAAAUGUAUCAUACUACAGAACUGUCAAGAGAGACGAGUCCUGGAAAAGAAACAUAAAACAAAGGGAGGAAUAAAAUUUGAAAUUAAUUUAGAUGUAUACGAGCAAGAAGAGGAACCAGAGAAACUUAAUGAUACAUUAGCUUUUGAGGAUGGUCAGAAUCUUAAGGAGAAAUGGAUGAAGAUCUCUGAAGAUCACACACAAAAUACUCUGAAAGAACUAUGCUUUCAGGAAGCAGAGGCUGGCACUGUAGAUAAUGCCGUAGCAAACAGAAAACAAUGGGAAGCUAGAGCCCCGCAGACUCUCCUGGAUUUUCUAGCUGAGGCAGAUGUCACAUCUGUCUGCUCUACAAUGCCUGAAAGUGAAUGUGCUGGCCAGGUUAAUGUCAUGUUUGAAGAAAUCCCAAAAACCAGGAAACAGUGGAAAAAAGAAGCACCGAGAACACUGCUGAAUAUCUUAGCACAAGCAGAACUGUCUAAUGGCUCCUUUGGCAGGACUGAAGAGGAAUCUGAAGGGACAUUAACACUCUGGUUGCCAAAGGAGAAUAAUGAGGAUAAAGCUGAAUCAAGUUCCACUCUUGAUACUGAUGAAAAUGGACUUGAGCCAAGAUCUGAUGAUGAUGACACGAAUUUUGAAGAAUCUGAAGAUGAAUUGAGGGAUGAGCUGGUGGAAUCACUAGAAAAAGUGAUAACUUCUAUGUCAGAGGAAGUCAGAGAGGUGCCAAUCCAAUCAACAAACAAAGACAAACCAGAAGAAGAGAAAGCAAGCUUAGCUAGUGAAAUUCAUGGGAAACCUGAUGAGGUUUUAGAUAAUAACACUGAUCCAUUUAUUGCUGACAUGUAAUGGAGAAGGCAGUCAGGAAGCAACAAUCAGAUAAAAUAGGAGGCUGUCUGCUGCUUCAAGACUUUCAUAAGUUGAUGGAAGAUACAGCCAUAACAGGGCUAAUAUUUUAAAAACAGGUGCCUGGAAUUAGGUUCCCAAUCUGUAUUUAGGCACCUGUGGGCACUCAUCUGAAGCAAAUGCGAGCUGCUGGGCAUGCUGUACUUUUGACAAUCAGGCCAUUUAUUCAAGUAGCUAAAGUUAAUGUUUUUUCUUAAGUCUCAUACCAGAAUGAAAAGCAAAGUCAGCUCCUGCUUGCAUCUUUACUCGUCAAUUCUGCCUCUUUAUCCACUCUUUAGUACAUUCCUAACUAUUCUAAAUGAAUAAAGUGUACUCUUCCAGUUGUCAUAGGCCCACUCCCCUAGCUCUCUUCCCCCAAAUCCAUCUGUUCUGUGAAGCUUUCCAGUCAUAUGUUGUCCUAUACAGCUUGUAGCUCUUGCUAGUAAGCUAGAUUUGCACAGCUCUUAUUAUAUAUAGCAUCAUUUACACUUAGGCUAUUUUAUAAUGAUCAGGGCUUGACAAAUAAUACAAUCUACUCGCCACAGGCAAGUAGAUUGUAACCCAGAAGAGCGGGGGUCAGGCGAUCUGCGCCGGUCAAGUUUGCCAGACCAGGGAAGGUCAACGCUAGCCCCUCUGUGCAAGACCUGGCAGGGCUGCCAGCCUUGUAGGGCUUCUGGGGCUCCCUGGUCCAGCAACAUCUGUGAUCCAGUAGGACCACAGAUGUUGCUGGAUCAGAGUUUCCCAGUUCAGAGAGGUUUAUCCUGUAGCAGCAAAGUUUACUGGUACCACUAGGGUGUUAUGUGUAUCAAUUUCUAAUUAGAAGUGCCAUUAUGUGCCAAAAAAAAAAAAAAAAA